GGGUGAGAGGAGGAGGAGGAGGAGGAAGAAGAGGAGGAGGCGCAUUCAUCCACCGGGAAAAGUGGAGGUGAUCUGUCACAUGAGCGGAGUCCCCCCCCUUCCUCAUAUCCUCUUCCUCAUCCUCUCUUCAUCCCGGAAGGUCCGUUCUGUGGUGCGAGGACAUCAACCAACCCUCUCAACCCCUCACCCGGUUCCUCCCCUCCCUUCGCCUCUCGGUGAGGAGAAGCAAGCAAAAGAAGUGACUCAAGCUUUAAAAGCUUUACUAUCAUCCUGCAAGGACAUGUUGUAUUUUUGGUAUAUUUGAUUUUUUUUCCACUCCAGUGGAUGGACCCUAAUUUGUGGAUGGUGGAAGUAAAGUAGCAACCAGACUGAGUGAAACAAACGGAACUUGUGGCGUGUCGUGUCCAAACAUGUCUUAUUGGAGUGACCUGCUGAGAGACAUCACCGCCCAUCUUUGCGUAAAAAAACACUUUUGUGCGAACUUGCACAUAUUUUGUGCAGCGGUCGUCUGUUUUAAUCCUUGACUGACUUUUGGACAUUUAUUUUUGUCUUUUGAACAACUUGGAUUUGCGUGGAAUAUAACAGAAGUGGCGAUACUCAUUGAAGUUAUCGAUCCAUGAAUCGGCAGCGUAUGCCUUCACUGACUCCAGAUAUUGACUGGUUAGCUGUGAGCAAGUAGGGAUGCACUGAUGAACAUUGCUAGAACACUGAUCAAGUUAUGUAUUCGAACAAAUCCACGCAUCCGGCUGCUUGUGAUAAUGAAGUGAAAUGAUUGUGUACAAACCACUCGUGUGCGUUUUUGGAAUGCGUAAAAGUGAAGCGCGGACGGAGAAGUACUAACCUGGCUCCGUGAUUGAUCAAAUUACAUAUUUUGAACAUUUCCGACUGCUGAUUUUUGGCAGAGGACGAGGGGAGCCGAUCUCCUGGAGGGAAAACUUGCCUGCAGCGGCGAUGAGAGGAAAAAGGUUGGAUUAUUUGAACACUAGAACAUUUUCACCGGGUCAAGCUUCUAUCACUGGCAUCGCUUUGGAUACCGGACUAGAAGCUCUCAGAGAGCAGGUGCCGGUGGAGAAAAGAGCAAUGAAGACUUCACUCUUUCUCCUCCUCAUCCUUGCCUUCCUUGCCUCAGCAUCCAGUGAUGACGUCAAGUACAUCUCCAAGAGGAACUCUGUGGAUGGGUGUAUCGACUGGUCAGUGGAUCUUAAGGAGUACCAUGUUCUGGCUGGUGAGCCAGCAAGAGUGAAAUGUGCCUUGUUCUACAGCUACAUCCGCACCAACUACACAAUGGCCACCAACGCCAAACUGCGUCUCAUCUGGUACAAGAACAAAGGAGAUGCUGAGGAGCCUAUCAUCUUCUCAGGCCAUAGGCUGAGUAAAGAAGAUGACUCAAUCUGGUUCCGGUCUGCAGAAAUGGAAGAUAACGGUUUCUACACCUGUGUACUACGGAACUCGACAUACUGCAUGAAGGUCUCCAUGUCCAUGACUGUAGAGGAGAGCGACGAGGGGAAGUGCUUCAGCAGCAACAUCCGCUAUCUGGCGAAAGCAGAGAUUACCCACAGCAAAAUGAUCACAUGUCGUGAUAUCGACGACUACUUGGCUCCAUAUAAACAACCCCUGAUGACCUGGUACAAGGAAUGUGAACGAGUGGAAUGGAGAAGCUCUAUCAUAGUCAACAAUACGCAUAUCUGGAUCCCUGAAGUGGAGGAGGAGGACGGAGGAAAUUACACCUGUGAAUUACAGUAUGGAUCCAGACUGGUACGGAGGACCACACAACUCAAAGUCACAGCUCUCCAGACCACCCAGCCACCCAAGGUCCUUUUCCCACCUGAGAGACAAGACACCGUGAUAGAGAUCACACCCGGUAUGCCUCUCAGUUUGGACUGCAAGGCAUUUUUUGGCUACAGUGGAGAAAACAGGAGGCCUAUCAUCUACUGGAUGAAAGGAGAGAAGUUUGUUGAAGAACUCGCAGGACACAUUAAAGAAAGUGAAGUCAGAAUCAUAAGGGAGCAUUUAGGAGAAAAGGAGGUACAGCUAUCCCUGACGUUUGAUGCUAUCGAGGAGGCCGACCUGGCUAAUUACACCUGCUACGUGGAGAACCACAUAGGGCGGCGGCGUGGGAGUGCAAUACUACAGAAGAAAGAUAUGUAUCGUCUGGAGUUGGCUGGAGGUCUGGGGGUCAUAUUGCUGCUGCUGGGAGUCCUAACUGCACUCUAUAAGUGUUACAACCUGGAAAUCAUGCUGUGCUACAGGAGACAUUUUGGCAGUGAUGAAACUGAAGAUGAUAAUAAAGACUAUGAUGCCUAUCUCUCUUAUACUAAAGUGGAUCUGGAUUCAUUGGGCAGACCGAGCAGCGACGAGGAGACGUUUGCUUUGGAAAUCUUGCCUGACGUGUUGGAGAAACAUUAUGGAUACAAGCUGUUUAUACCAGACAGAGAUCUCAUUCCUAGCAGUACAUACAUUGAGGACCUGGCGAGGAGCGUUUUGCAAAGCAGACGUUUGAUCAUUGUUUUGACGCCAGAGUUUGUGGCCAAAAGAGGAUGGAGCAUCUUUCAGAUAGAAACACGCCUCCACUCCAUGUUGGUUACUGGAGAAAUCAAGGUAAUCAUGAUAGAAUGUGCAGAUCUAAAGAGUGUCAUCAACUAUCAAGAGGUGGAAGCACUUAAGCAUACAAUCAAGGUUUUAUCCAUCAUUAAAUGGAGGGGUCCAAAGAGCAACGAGCUGUCCUCUAAGUUUUGGAAACAGGUGGUCUACGAGAUGCCAGCCAAGCGAAGAGAGACAUUGUCCAGACGUCAGGUGAUGGACUCAGGUGAGCAGGGCCUCUUUGGAGACCUGCAGACCACCGUCUCCACCAUUGCCAUGACGACCACCUCAGCAUCCCUGGUGCCUCCGAGUGAGAAUCGGCAUGGACAUCAUCAGGUUUCCUUGGCAACAGAGAUCCCUGACUACAACCAGAUGACCUUGCCUCUCGGAGGGGGUCACAUGGCUACAGCAGCCCAAAUGAGGCAUUUCUGCCGCAGCUAUGAGUUUCAUCUUCCCCCGCAGCCUUCUGCCUUGUCGCCUCCCCUCCCAACUCCUCCUCCCACCAUGCAGUUCUCCACUCUGGGCCCUGGGGGGCGCCAUGUCUAUUGCAACAUCCCGAUGACCCUUCUGAAUGGACAGGGGUUCAGGGAAGUUGACUGGGGAAGAAGAGGUUUCUCAGAGCAACACACUUGGAAAGAAGGCCGAGGUCCACCUGAACAGCACCUUUGUACCACUCACCAGCAGAGAACUAAGCUCUGAUAUCUGGUAGAAACAUGCUUGGCUGCUACUGGAUUAAAGACUACCGCUUUACAAAGAAUUUACUGAUCUUUGACUGGGGACAGGUUUUUGGACCUUGUACAGACAUGGACCCGGGGCCCUUUUUCAUCCCACGCUAUGAACAAAAACUGCUCAAAUACUAUUUGAACGUGUGGAUUCAAAGUGUUUGGACUGCAAACUGAUUGUAUAUUUCUAUUGAAGCUCCCACCAUGUUCCAGUUGGAUCCAAACUGGUGAGCAGAAAUGUGCUUGCUACAUAGGUAGAUAGCCCACCUAAGAACAAGCAUGGACAUGUUGAUUUGUUGAUGUGGAGACCUGGAAAAGUCCUUGGAAAGGUGCAGGAUAUGUGUGAGUAUAUUUGGGUUCCACCACCCGGCCAAUGGGGUCGUAUGAGGGCAACACUGAAAAGAAAAAAAUAGUUGAUCCGAGACAAGACUACUACGUUUUCUGGACUAUAAAUCGUUUUGUAGAAUAAAUUGCACAAUGAAUGAAAAAAAAACAUACAAGUAGUACUGGACAUGGACCAGCUUUUGGAGGCAUUAAAAAAAAAAAGACCAAAAACAGAUAUUUCAUCUUGAAAUAACAAUAACAUUGAGAACAGGUAAACUACGUAAUCUGCAAAAUAUGAUUUUCUUUUAGGGGCAUUUGUGUUCCAUUUUUCUCAGUUGUUUUUAUAAGUUGAUGUUGAAACUUCCUGAGAGUCAGGCGGACUACUGGAUGAGCAGAAGGCGGGCCAGCGAGGAGACAAGAGACGGGGGUCUACCACAUCCAUACAUAAGAGUAAACCCACGCCUUCCUGAAGCAGCUGAGGUGAAUAAUAAUAAUAAUAAUAAUAAUACAGGUACAAUAAUCCCUGAUAAGACACAGUUGCACUUGAUCAGAAUCAUCAUUUAUGGUUGAAAUGGCUUCAUUUCUCUUAUUAUGUCUGCCAUAUUGGAUAAUACAAGUGCAAAGGUCACUCUAGGGGUGUUAUUUCAUGUCUAGAGGGCUCUAAUAAUGUUAAAUACUGUAUUUAGCAUUUUUUAUGUAUUUUUUAUUGUUAAUUAAUUGAAUUAUUAUUAAAAACAUUCGUUCAUAAAUAAGAAAUCCUUCUUAUUUUGAUCGAGUCUGGGACCAAAUAACCACGAUAUACAAGAUAUUACUGUAUAUGUUACGUAUAAGUAAUAUUAUUACUUUAUCCUUACAAUUUUACAACUUUACUCUCAUAAAUUCUGACCUCUUUUUCCAGUACGAAUUUUUAGUUGUCUUGCAAUAUUGCAUCUUUAAUACCAUAAACACAACUUCCUUAUAUUUCCACUUUAAUUCUGUUGUAUUUUUUUCUUCCAGUGUAGCCCUAAUACUCCAACCAAAAUGAAAUUCAACAAUGCAACGCAGUGACUUGCCCACCAAGGACACCUGACAUGCUUUCUUUAGUUUCAUAACAACUUGGAAUGUGAGUUAUUCUCAGAAAAUGUCCGUUCAACGUGGUCUCAAACAACAAUCUGGCGACUUUAUCAACGGAUACAUUUAUCCUGAAGGCUGGUGAUCUGAAAUGGAAUCAUUUCAGCAAGACUGUGAAAGAGAAGAGAAUGACUGGAAUUGUAAAAGUAGUCUGCUGAUACGUGUGCAAGUCAAAUACAAACAGACUUUUUAUUUGCUUAACGGAGAGAUAAAAAUAAAAAGAAGAAAGGAGCCAUUUCAGAACAGUCUGCAGGCACAAAGGCUUUUUUCUACUUGCAUGAUCACCCAUUUAGAUACAAGAAUAGAUAGACAGUCAUUUGCUAUGGAGGGAUGUCUUUUCAUUGAUAGGCUAACAGAUGAAAAAAAAAAGUGGUGUCUCUCCUAAAUGUUUUUUUAUGAUUAUUUAUUUUGUUUUUCUAUGUUGACAGUUUUCUUCUUUGUUAAAGUUGGUGCGAGUUUAACCUGAAUUAGUUUGAAAUGUCUGUUUGUUACAAUAAUCUCUGUACAGCUUCCAUAACGUACAGUUACAGUAUAUAUACAGGAGUGCUAUCCCCCCAAACCCCCCCCACCCCCACAGUUUCUAUUCAGGGUGUGUUUACUGUCAUUCUGUUCCUUUUUCAAGUUGGACCACCAACAAACAGCAAACAACAAACAAGAGCGCCACAUCAGAUUUCUUCUUUGUGAGCUUUAAGAACGAUGAUGAUUUUUCAUUAGCGGUUUUGAAUUUAUGCAAAGGUACUGUCAUUGUCUUCAGAACCAAUGAAUUCUGGAUAUUUGAGAUUAUUCAAUACAAGAGUGAAUAUUUGAGUUGGCAAUAUCAAGUCAAGUGGUUGUCUUUAUGCUCAUUUCUUUGAAUAUUCUUUGGAUAUAUUGGUUGGAAUAAUUUAAAGGACAAUAAAAGUCAUAUGAGUUGUUUUUA